AUGGCUGACUCAGGCGACGUAGACAUCUCCAUGUUCCACGGCAUCGUGCCCUCCGACUCGUGGCUUUCCGUGGAAGCAAGCAUGGGCGAAGACAUCCUUGUCGCCGAUGCUCCUACGUUUGUCUACACCUCAGGGGACGUCGAAGUCGAUAUGGAUGAUGACGAACCGAUCACCGAGUACGAAAUGGCCGACGAGGGUGACCUCUACGACAACGCCGAAAUCCAGGAUAUCGAAGUAUACGACGCCUCUCAAGCCCCAUCGCCCCUUUCUAUGGAACACCAUCCAGUCAUUUCAGACACAGCCUCCUUCUCCAUGCGCAUGCCUUCCUCAGAUGGUCUCGAAAUUUUCGAACAGCAAAGCCCUAGCAUCUCUGCUCAGACAACCUCUCAGCCUUCGGGAGCAGAAUUGGGCACCUCUUUCGUUCACCCUGAAGAACUUCCUCUGCCUUCGGUAGACUUUCCCUCAUAUACGGUAGAACCCCAACCGCCCGUCACUACGGAGAAUACAGCUUUCGGCGGGGAUGUGCUCGCCGAGCCCGAAUCCGGCGUAGGCGACGCGGUGCCAACAGUCCUUGAAUAUACUUCUCCUCAAUACGAACCCCUCGACGCUCUCCCCGCUCACCAAGGCAGUAUUAUGGAAAGCACCUCUGGCUACACGGAGGUCGGAGUGGCAGCAGAGGCGGUGGCUGCAGAGAUCACAGAGCUUCGCCAUUCGACCCCAGACUUCCCGCAACAUGACGACUCGGAUGGAGCUGCGGCUGAAGCCUCACAAGAUGCCACUGAAGUCUCUGCUCCAUUCGAGGCGAACGACCCUCAUGAGAUUUCCGAAGGCGUGUGGAUCGAUCCUCCACCCGCGGUUCUCCUCUCAUUGCCUCCGUCUGCACCUCACCCUGAAUACACCUUGUUCAACUUGCCAACUUCGGACGUUUCGAACAGUCCCUCGGGGAGCAACCAACCCGAUCCAGGGUUCGCACUGCCCCUUCUGUUACAAGAACACCCCACCUUGUAUUAUGAACCGCUCUCUGUAGUAUUCGCGGCUUUGAGACAGCAGCAGAUCAUUCAAGAGUUGCAACAGUUCCACGAAGCUGAGCUUGUCCUCGAUGCUUACGAUCUCCAGCUGUGCAUAUCUGAGGACAAUGUUUACACGCACGAAGUCACUCUUCAUGAGCUGAACGUGCUGCAUGACGGCUCCGACCUGCGGGGGCCCCUGAGGCUUAGACUUAGGUUGUCUGUUCCGCGCUUCGCCACGCGGUACAAUACUCUUCGAGAACAGAUUGCCCGACUGAACGUCGCCGAAGAAGCAGAGCAAGCACAUGCGGACGACGGCGAACGGCUUCCAUCGGUGCAGGAUGCCGACGAAACGGUUCGUGACAGAGGCGAGGCGGUGUUCGACGGUGUCGCGGAUCAAGACGCACUCGAUGCUCUUGCUGUCUCUACAGAUCAUGAGCAUUUUGAGUCGGAAGCUGGCACUCACGCCGAACUCACCAAGCCAUCGGCCGAGCAUGAAGACGUCACACGCACUGACGCAGCAGGUGAACGUGAAGAUGCUGCAGCAGAGGACGACAUUCGAACGGUAGGCGAGGGUGCUGUCAACGGGACCUACGCCGAAGAAGACGUAGGCGACGCGGUUGGGGUAACGGAAGCAAAGGUGGAAGAGGGUGCGAUUGCAGCGAGCGUAGAGGAGUCGGAGAGAACAGAUGUUGAGGAGGGGAGUGCUGAAGACGCAGACGGCCAUGACGCGCUAUAUGAAGGGGACGAAGACACUCUCGAUGCCGACCAGGUUCAUGAGCCAGCCGUUGAAGAGGCUGGCAACGAAGAAGCCGGCGAGUACAUCGAACAUGAGAGCUAUCCCGAUGAUGAAGAGGAGGGCUUUGGAGAAGAUUUCUCUUCAGAGAAUGGUCGUCCCCACGAGAUGCCGGACAACACUGCUGGUGAGGAAGGGAUUUAUGCAGAUGACCUCGCAUUUGGGGACAGCCAUGAGGCGGCCGAUGCUGUGUCCGAGGGACGCUCGAUGGUUCCGACGAUCAACAAACUCCAGCUUCAAUUGCCAGUCUCGACAGAGCCCGAUGAUUACGACGAAUUCGAGGAAGACGAUGAAGCUUCCACUGAACAACGCUCGCUCGAGGAUUCAGACACUCUCUCGCGAAAAAGUUCUUCCGCGACGCUGUCCAGUAAAACCUCCAAGAGAGCAUACGAAGAGGUGGAAUUACAUGAUUUCGGCGAGGGUGAUGCAGACGCUCAACAUGAAUUGCCCGACCCCAAGCGUGCUCGCAUCGAAUGA